UUGUCAAAUACAUUCCAGGAAGAGACCAUGGCGGGAAAUUCACUGGAUUUGCCACAGGAUAUGCUGAUGGAGAUCUUUGCCCUCCUGGAUGUCCCUGACCUCGUUCGUGCCGGCGCCGUGUGCUCCUCAUGGCGUGCUUCGUAUAUCAGUUUAUGUAACCAUGGAGGCUACAAGCAGGCCCAGACGCCAUGCUUACUCUACACAUCUGAAUCCACCGGUGAGAAUGUGGCAUGCCUCUACAGCCUCGUAGAGAAGAGGGAAUACAAGUUAACCAUGCCAGAUCCACCUAUUCGCAGCAGAUAUAUAAUUGGGUCCUCCCAUGGUUGGAUCAUCACCGCGGACGAGAGGUCUGAGCUGCACCUCGUCAAUCCCGUCACAGGUGACCAGAUCAGCCUGCCUACAGUCACCACCAUUGAGCAGGUCAAGCCUAUUUACGAUGAUGCCGGCGAGCUUCACGAGUACGAGUACUCGUGGUACGCUGGUCACCCAUUCAAAUACCCUUCACCCUCCAUCUUUUCUCUUGGAUUACUUCGGAAAUACCUAUUUAGGAAGGCAUUUCUGUCUUGCGAUCCAUCCAUGGGAGACUACUUUGUAGUGCUCAUCCAUAAUCCAAUAGAACAGUUAUCAUUUGCAAGAGCAGGGGAUGAUAAAUGGACCUGGUUGCCUCCUCACACUGAUUGCUGUGAUUGUUUGUUUGAAGAUGGCCUACUUUAUGUACUAAAUUCAUUUGGAGAAGUUCACGCAUUUGAUCUUAGCGGCCCUACAGUAUCACAAAAGUUGGUUGUGGGGAAGGUGAACACAUACCCAGAGGAGAACCUCUACUUUGCUCGAGCUCCAUGUGGUGACUUGCUGCAGAUCUGGAGGUCGACAACCGACAAUUUUGUUGACUGCGUGGAUCAGACGGAUGAAGAUAUUCUGCAAUUCGAGUUAGACAAGGAUGGCGAUGAUUUGGAACAGGAACCAGACCGUGAGUAUUGCAGGGCUGGAGAUGGCUUGAAGUCUGAGUCAGAUGAGGAUGAUGAUAAUUCGGAGCUCGAGUUGAACUCUGAUUCACGUGUUCAAUAUACCAACGUGAUUCAAGUAUUUAAAGUGGAUUUUUCUGCAAAAAAGCUUGUGGAGAUAAACAACAUAGGUGACAAUGUGUUGUUUGUUGGGCAUAAUCAAUCUCUCUGUCUAAAUGCUAAUGCAUAUCCACAAUUGAAGCCAAAUCAUGUCUACUUUACUGAUGAUGAUGGCUUAUAUCUAUUUGGAUGUAAGCAGAACCGCCGUGAUAUCGGAGUCCUCAACUUGGAAGAUGAGAGCAUUGAUCAGAUUGCAUCUACAGAGCUUUGGUCCAACUGGCCAGCCCCUGUGUGGGUUAUACCAAACCUUAGGAAGAUGAUUUCAGCAUCACAUAUUUAGGGACAAGAUGUUUUGCUUCAUCACCUCUUCUUUGUGGCUCUGACUGUUUUUUUUGUUACCAGAAACAUAUUUAGUAAUCUAAAAUGAUAGGAUA